CAAAGAGAGACCGACAGAGUCUUGAUCUUUUGAUGAAAUAUUUACGACCGUCUCUACUCAAGCAGGCCGACUUUCACAUGCUUACGACGACCAUCAAGUCUUGGCGGGGGUCCUCCAGCGGCGUGGAGAGCAUUCACCCCCGGCAUGGACGAAUUGGAGAUUGUUGACAGGCUACCAUGCACAUUCUCAAGCUGAGCGGGCUACAAUGUCGCUUCACCGUGUCGCUGGCGGCAUACACGAUGGCCCUGUGUAUCUAUUGUCUCCUCUGGACUCCACACUCUGCCUAUGCCGCCGAGAUAGAGGGUCCGGACUCCGCGUUACCUGCCCAUGCGCCGCAUAACCAUGCGCCCGACCUAGAAGAUGACUUGGAUGACCCAGAGGACGUAUACAAAUACACACAGAUAGAAGAGAAUGGCGAACAACAUACGAAAAGAGUAGUGGGGGAUGUGGUGACACUGGGUGGAAGCAACGUGCCUGGCCUGCUUAACAUCGAGGCGGGCAACACAACUGUCUGGCACUUCAACAACGCCUCGCUUUGGGCUCCGUACGCAAACGCGACUCCUGGUCUGCCCAGUAGUAUCGAUGAUGGUGAUACGGGUGACUCUGGCACUAUCUACAAGCGACAAGAGGCUUCCAACAGACUCGUCUACAUAUCCGUCACGACUUGUCUACAGCCAGAAUGGAACGGCACCACGAACCAGACAAUCGUCCCGCCCCAGCUUACCCUCUACGUCUCGAACUCGACUUCCAACAAGGAGCCUGGUCCAAGUGCUCCCGCCGAAAGACAGGUUGCCAUUACCCUAAACGAGGGCUUCGCCAAUUACUCGAUGAAUGCCACGACCGAUGUCUACAUGGCUGUCCAUGCGCCUGCCAUGCCAAAUAACUUUACCGGCAUCUGGAACUACGAGAUCGCUGCUUCCAUCGACAACUAUUAUCACGGCGCUCAUCCUGCCUCGCCUUUCCUCUACCUUGUCGACACGGACACUCAUGCCGCUCUGCUCGUCACGAACAACUUGACCGAAGCCAACCCCGACGACCUUGUCUACCAACAAUGGAUGAAUCUCACCUCUCCGUUCACCGUCUUUGUUCAGCCUACCAUUGACAAACGUCUUGACGGCAUGAGAAACAGCUACUGCGGUAUGACUCACGCUAGUAUCAACAAUGCAUCAAGCUCCGUCCAGUCAGGCAUGAUCACCCGUGGUCUGGGACACAAGCCCAAAGAGCAAUUCUACAUCCAGGAACUCAACGGAAGCACCUCUUACUUUGGCGUCCUAGCCAUGGAAGGCAACUCAACGCAGAUUGGCCCUGGUGUUGUUGGCGGAGGUGGUCAAGUCUGGCAGCCUGUCAACUUCAAGACAAAGGCGGACAACAAUUGUGCUCUCGUCUUCAACUUGACUUUCUGCCACGACGUUGCAUACGCCGUGCCCAGCAAUCCUGACAGAUACCCUGAUCAACCUUCGCUGAGCGCCGUCUACGAUUCUUAUGCAGCCGGCCUGUAUGAGAACUUUGCCAAAUCGCUAGACCAGAUCCCUUGCAACACGACUCUAUCCGCACAAUACUCUCCCGCCAAGAACUGUGACGAUUGCGCCGAUGCGUACAAGCAAUGGCUCUGUGCCGUCACCAUGCCACGCUGCGAAGACUUUUCCUCUUCCCUGCCGUGGCUACAACCUCGCAACAUGGGUCAGAGUCCCAUCAACUCAUCCGCCUCCUCUAUCGGCAGCAUGCCCCACUCGGACAUGUUGAUGCAAGUCCAAGACCAGCUAAAUCAACAAUACGUACCCAUGACCUCCGCCCCUAGCGAUAGCAAAGCCUUUAAUCAGACCUACGGCUCUGUACGUGCUGCCAACAGCUCUCGUAACCCAAGCAUCAUCGUGGAUAAGAUUGCUCCAGGCCCUUACAAGGAAGUCAAACCUUGCGAGGAUCUGUGUUUCAGCCUGGUGCGAAGCUGUCCUGCUGCAUUAGGCUUCGGAUGUCCAGAUCCUGGUAGAGGGUUAGAGGUCGACUAUGGCCAGCGAAGUGACGAUGGACAGGUUACUUGCAGUUAUCUCGGCGCGGUGUAUUAUUUGAAUGCCGCGCCUGCUGUAGGAGGUAAGUCGUCGUUGGCUGUGUUUAUUGCUGUUGUGUUGUCACUUUGGGUAUUGGCUUGAUAGAUUGUGGUUAGGGAUUACAUGACUUUUCAGCAUAGCGGAUGGCGUUUCAUGCUGGUAACCAGCGACAUAGACCGGUACUCCUUGGGCACUUUGCGUUUCUAUGAUACCAAAAU